AUGACGAGGCGGAAAGCGAAAUGCGUUAAUAUGUGGCUUAGAAAACUAGCGUCAAGACCAAGAAAGGCUUCUUGCAUAGAAAGCGGAAUCAAAGGGACAAUUGAGGAUCCAUUCGAAAAAUUGCCGCAGUUACCGCGUACACUGGAGGCCGAUCCCAUCGACUGUAGCGAUAUGUAUUUUUUCAUUCAACAAAAUCGGCGGCUAGCAACCACUUCACCACUUCGACGUCACUCGAAACCUGCUAAGAGCUCCUCAUCCCAUGCGGCCACUGAAGAGAAGUAUAUAUUGUGGCGCUCGCUAGCUGCUGAUUUACGGUUGUUUCCGGGGACGAGACAGAUCCCUCAGAGUUUUUCUCGUGAUGUGCGCCAUCUUGAUCAAACUUAUUCACGUGAAGUGCACAAAGUGGCAGUGAUUUAUGUUGCUAAAGGACAAGAAGACAAAGUUUCGGUUCUUUCAAAUAGUUUUGGUUCGGAUGCGUUUAAUGAAUUUGUGUCGCAUUUGGGUUGGCGAGUAGAAAUUGGUCGACAGCAUCAUGGCUACAAUGGUGGUCUUCCGAGUGGUGCCGUUACACCAUAUUAUGCAUCCGCUGACACGGAAAUUGUUUUUCAUGUCAGCACAAUGCUCGAUGGUUCGCUUUCAGUUUUUGCUUUAACUACCAGAAGUGUUUUUACAUAG